AUGGCCGAAAAUCCAACUUGCACAGUCGAGGAGUUCACCCGCACCACAUUCGACUAUGUCAUCUGUGGCGGCGGAACUGCAGGACUUGCUAUCGCAGUGCGCCUCAGCGAAAACCCAGAUGUAACCAUCGGCGUUAUUGAGGCGGGCAAGUAUCGCAUUGGAGAUCCGCUGGUUGAUACUCCUGCGGCGUUCGUGCAGAUGUUCGAGGAUCCCGAGUAUGAUUGGUGUAUGUAUACGGUGCCGCAGGAAGGCAAUCGUGGCCUGUCCCACCAUAUCCCCCGCGGAAAGCUCCUCGGUGGAUCCAGCGGCAUCAACUAUAUGAUGUACGUGCGAGGAUCCACUGCGGAUUACGAUGACUGGGCGGAGCUGACAGAGGACGAUGGGUGGUCUGGGGAGAAUAUGCAGCAAUAUAUGCGAAAGCAUCAGACCCUCGAGCCAAUCGACCCAUCCAUCACUGAUCGCUCCACAAUGCCACUUGUAGGCGAGUUCCACGGCACUAGCGGGCCAGUCCGCACCAGUUUCAAUGAUUCAAUCCUGCCAGUAGAGAAUGAUAUCAUCAAAGCCUGCGAGGAGGUGACCGGCAUCCCAAACAAGCCCACCGACCCAUGGAGUGGUGACCACAUCGGCUUCUACCACACACUCGGCACAGUCGUUCGAACAGGCCCAAACAAGGGCAAGCGUAGCUACGCCGCACGAGGAUACUAUGAAGAGAACCGCGCCACUCGUCCAAACCUCAAGGUUCUCUGCGAGGCCCUCGUCAACCGCGUCAUACUAGACGGCAACAAAGCCACCGGCGCAAGCCUCACACACGGCGGAGUCGAGUACCAAGUCUCCGCACGGCGCGAAGUAAUCGUCAGCGGCGGGACAAUCAAAAGCCCCCAGAUUCUCGAGCUAUCGGGAAUUGGCGAUCCAGAGGUCCUCAAAGCCGCCGGUGUCGAGUGCAAGGUCGCCAACCCCGGCGUUGGCGCAAACGUCUUAGACCACUCUAUCACCCUUAACGUGUUAGAGGUGCAGCCCGGCAUCGUCACACUAGACACCCUAUACCAAGUGCCCGGGGCAAUGGAAGCUGCCGGUAAGCAGUAUGCCGAGGACAGCAGCGGGCCACUCAGCUCCGUCUGCAACAUGCAGGGAUUUUUCCCGGCAAAGAAAAUCCUCUCCGAGACAGAACUGGCAGAUAUCAUCCAGAGUAUUCGCGAUAUCAAACCGAACAGCGCGUUCCACGCGAAACAGCUCGAACAAACCAUCGUGCACCUCGAGAGCGACCACUCUGCCAAUAUGCAGAUUGUUACCGUGCCAGCCUCUAUGAACACGGAUGCCAUCGGUCAUCAGGGCAAGAUAAUUAUGCCGCGCUCGGCUGAUCAGCCUGCUGGUUUGACUUUGGCCCUUUGUCUGCAGUACCCCGUGUCCAGAGGGUCUAUCCAUAUUGAGAGUGCAGACCCAACCAAACCCCCUAUGAUCAACCCCAACUACGGUGGCCACCCAGCAGACAUCUCCCUCCUAGCGGCGUUCCUGCGCUGGAGCGAUAAAGUCACGGAAUCAAAGCAUAUGAAGUCUUCAAUCCUGCGGCGCGCGUGCCCGGAGCCCAGUGUGAACUUGCAGGACAUGGAUGCGGCCCGAGAAGCAGUGCACGACCUCAUUGCGGGUGAGUACCAUAUCUGCGGGUCUGUUGCUAUGGGCGCUGCGUUGGAUAGUAGAUUGAGGGUGAAGGGCGUUGAGGGAUUGCGUGUUGCGGAUGCGUCAGUGUUCCCGAAUAAUGUUUCGGGCAAUAUUGUUAGUAGUGUUUACGCUGUUGCGGAAAGGGCGGCGGAUUUGAUUCGCGAGGAUUGGGAUUUUGGUGUUCUGAAGCAGACUACCUAG